AUGUCGCCAGCAUCGUUAGCUUCGCCUGCGUCCCCCGUGAUGGCAGCGCCAGUAGGGGGAAGCGCGGCGCAAGGUGGGGAAAGCGGUGCGCAAGCGGUAGGGAGAAGCGGCCUAGGGGCAGCGGGAAGCAGUGCGCGAUCAGGGGGGGGAAAUGCGCCGGCGGUAGGGGGAAGCGGCACACGAACCAUAGGAGGAAUCACCGCGCGCGCGGCGGGGGGAGGCGGCGCACGCGCGGUGGUGCGCGUGGUGCGCGCGGACGGGAUGGACGUGGAGGCGCAGCUGCGGCUGGAGGAGAAGCUUCUCAGAAGCGACCCGACAAACAGCAACUGGUUCGUCUUCAAUGCUGACGUGGCAGCGCCGACCAUCGUGAUGGGGAUUUCAGGCAAGCCGCACGAACUGCUUCACACCGAGGCUGUCCUUGAGGCUCGGGUGCCGGUGGUCCGCCGGUUCAGCGGCGGAGGUACGGUGGUGCUGGACUCAGGCUCGGUGCUGACGAGCCUGAUCUGCCGGCGCGCGGCGGUGCCGAACCUGCCGUUGUACCCUCGGCCCAUAAUGGAAUGGACGGAGGGGCUGCUGGGGCCGGCCAUGACAAAUGUUCCGGGAUUCGCACUUAGAGAUAAUGACUACGUGGUGGGAGAUCUCAAGGUGGGCGGCAACGCGCAGAGCAUCACGGGCAGCAGCUUUCUGCACCACACGUCGUUCCUCUGGGACUUCUGCUCGCACCGCAUGGCGCUGCUGCAGCAGCCCUCGCGUGCUCCGGAGUACAGACAGUUUAUCACCAAACUUUGUCAAUAUUACUCAACGAAGGAUGAAUUCUUGAGAUCCGUUCUAGUUGCACUCGCUCUGCACUUUGACUUGCGGGCGACUGCUCUCCACCAAGUAGAGGCUCUGCCAUUCCAGCCUUGGAAAUCCGGUGUUGCUGUUCUUGCUCUGGAUGAGUUAACCACUGCUCCUAGUUUGUGA